UAAUUAGAUCGUGUGCGUCCGGUUUUGGUUUUCCUUUUUUUGUUCUCACGGUUAAAAUUUGCAACUUUGCAAAUGUGUUUUGUUGAAAUAUAUGUGCUUUUUGUAAUAUUUCUCAGUUUCUGUUCGUCAGUUGUUGUGAUCUGUUUUACGUUUUGUUGAUUCGUGAAGUUAAAAAAAAACGAGAAAAAAAAUGGCCGGUGUAUAUAAUUUAGAUGUUUUGCGUACUGCUCUGGAUCUUGUGAGCAAUAGUGUUGAUGGUCUUCUUGCAUAUUUGAAGACAAAAUACCUGGCCGAGGAGGAUAAAAAAAUUAAAUCCGGUGUCUUGGGGCGAGGUGUGUUCUUUUCCAAUUGGGUCAAUGCUGCGUCUCGGGUGGAUCCUAAUGGUCUCUGGCCUUGCGAGACCGCAUUGUCAGAAAGUCGGAAUUAUGACUGUGAAAAAGCGGAAUGGGUACAGGAGUACCUCUGGUGUUGGGGAGAGCGACGAUAUAAAGUCCGUUAUUUAUGGUGCCCUUCAGAUUUUUUGAUGCCGACUGUGUGUAAUGAGUCGGAGGAUGAGCUGAUUGAGGAAAUAUUUGGAUGCUUAGGCGUCAACGUGCGUACACGAUCCUUUUCGAGCUUGCCUGUUUUGCCCAUUGUACGUGGUUUCCGACCAAAAAAUCCAAUUUUUGAAUUGGUUUAUGUUCAGCGAUACAGGAGAGAUUGGGAGGAGUUAAUAUUGACUUAUUCCGGUUGGGAACUUCGCUGGAAGUUAAAUGUGUCAUCUGUGUGGUUUUCCCAGUGAGUUCAGCUCGAAUUAGAUGUUGGUGGUACCAGAGAAAAAAAAAUUUUCUUUUUUUUUUAAAAUUUGAGGGUUAAUAUUUAGAAAUGUUUUUUUUUAUUA